AUGCGGGUGAAACGGCCGAUCACCUGCCCCACACGAAGAUGCAACAAGCGUGAUCUACCACUCGCCUCAUUACCUCCUCCCCCUCUGGACUGGGGCAGAUAUCCCGGUCCCCACGAAGGACUCUCGCUCUCCAGCAUCAAGCAAGGGGCCAAUUCAGGACCCACGUGGCACAAUCAACAUGGCCACUGUCCCAGUGACUCAGCAACCAGCAUCAGGCCUGACAACACAGGACUGGCUCAUCACAUUCAACCAGAGAUAUGA